AUGUUCAUAUUCAUAAAAAUAUUUGUUAUUCAUAUUUUUUUACAUAGCUUAGGUAUUUUUAAUUACGAGUCAUUGUGCUUAUUAAGAAAUUCUGAAGUAAAAAAAUUUAAAAAUUAUUUGGAUAAUGGAAAAACAUAUUUAAAUAAAUACACUUAUUCUUAUAUAUUACAUCCUUUUUCCUAUAUAUUAUCGAAGAAAUUUAUAAAUGUAAAAAAAAAAAAAAAUAAAAUUUAUAUUGUAUCCGAUAAUAUUUACAAUGAGUUAAGCGAUUCACAUAUUUACAAAAUAAGAAAAGAAAUAUCAAAAGGUGAUAUAAAAUCGGUUUUUGAAAAACAUAUAAUAAGUAAAGUUCUAUUUGAAAAUAUAAAUAAAUAUAAUAGCUUUUCAUAUAUAUAUACUAUUGAUGAGAUAUAUGAACAGAUAAAUAAAUUAUACAUAAUAUAUGAAGAAUAUAAAAAAAAUAUAAGAUAUAAAAAAUUACCAAAGUUAUUCGGAUUGCCAAUAGUGGUAAAAGAUAAUAUAGUAACUAAAGGUAUAUCAACAAAAGCUGGGAGCAAAAUUUUAUCAAAUUAUAAGCCUUCAUAUGAUAGUACAGUAGUAAAAAAACUAAAAAAACAUGGUGCAAUUAUAAUAGGAAAAACGCAUUUAGAUGAAUUUGCUAUGGGAUCAUGCACAAAAAAUGUAAAAAAUCCAUUUAAUGAAAAAUAUUUAUCAUGUGGUGGCUCAUCUGGUGGAUCAGCUAGUUGUGUUGGAUCUAAAAUUAUUAACUGUUCAGUAAAUACAGACACUGGUGGAUCCAUACGAAUCCCUUCCGCGUUGUGUGCAUGUAUAGGAGUUAAACCUAGCUAUGGACGAAUAAGUAGAUAUGGUAUUGUACCAUAUAAUGAGGAAACUGAUGUUGUAGGACUGAUAGCAAAUAAUUUAUAUGAUUGCAGUGUAUUAUUGGAUGUAUUAUGUGGAAAAGACAAAAAAGACUUAACGAGUUUAAAGAAAAAGACGAAAUUUCAUUUCUUAUUAAAAAAAUUUUAUUCAUCACAGAAGUUUCAAAGCAAUAUUCCAUUAAAAAAUGUGAAAUUUGGGUAUUUAAGUAAAGAUAUUUUAAAAAGUUACUUUGUUGAUGAUAUUAUAUAUAAAAAUUAUGAGAAUGUGAUGAAAAAUAUUGAGCAAUUAGGUGGUACAUUAAUAAAUACAAAUUUAUAUAAAUUAAUUGAUUAUUGCUAUAUAUAUUACGUAUAUUCUAUGACUAUAGCAAAUAGCAACAUUUCUAGAAUAAAUGGUAUAAAUUAUAAUAUUCAUAAUUUAAAUAAUGAUCCUAAAUUUAUUAGAAAAUUAAGAUCAAAUAUGAUUAGUGAAAAUGUUUUAUCAAGGAUAAUUGGUGGCUCAAUAAUUUCUUCCUUUUUUCAAAAAAUAGAUAUAAGAGAGAUAUUUCUAAGCAUAAAAGAGAAGUUGAUCUUAACAUUAAAUCAGUUGUUUGAAGAGGUAAAUUAUAUUUUAUUGCCAUCCAUUCCCAAAUCUAAUAAUUUCAGAGAAGACUUAAAUGAUCCUUAUUUAUAUGAUAUUUAUGUAAAAAACAAUAUUGUUAAUGAAAAUAAUUUUGUUAAAAAUAGAAUAGACAAAAACCAUAUAAAUAAAAUAGAUAAAAAUAAUAUAGACAUAAGUCAUACAAAAAAAAAUAACAAGAGUAAAUAUAAUAAAUAUAUGAAAGAAGUAUUUUCUGUAAUAUCAUCAAUAACAGGCUUUCCUAGUAUAGUUAUACCAACAGGUGAAUUUACGAAAAAUUUUAAUGAGCCACUAUCUUUUCAACUUUUAAGCAGAAACUUAAAUGAAAUAGGUUUAUUAAAAAUGGCCUUAGUUUAUAAGGAAAGAAUGAAUGUUAAUAAAAAAAUAUAUGAAAAUUUAACAAAUUCUAAAAAUAAGUAA